AUGGUUACCCUCGAUCGCUUUGCCCAGACAUUGAUCCUUUAUCCAAUGUGUAAACAGCCACGCACCAUACGUAGACUAUUCCAUAUUCGCCACGCUGCUCAAAUCAACAACAUCUGCUCCAAAAUAUCUCAUGCUCCAUGCCAUGAUAAUUCAAAAAAAAAAAAGAUACCCGUAGCGCCCGUUACCGGGCUCGUCCAUAUCAAGCUCCUGGAGCCCGGCUCUUCAUUACUAUGGUAUCAUGCCGACCUGUAG